GACCGACGAAUAAAUUUUCAUAUAUCUUUCAAUGUACGAAGUGUCACGAUUUAGCAAUCACCCUUUCUUUUUCAGACUGGUCCACCUCGACUUAAAGGGUGCACCACCGCGGAUCUGUUACUUCGAAAAGCUCUUUCCGCUAUUGCGAACAUGGGGAGCUACUGGAUUGUUAUUGGAAUGGGAAGAUACGUUCCCUUACAAUCGGGAACUCUCUCCAAUAGGAAGCAAUGGCCCGAGCAGCUUAGCAAAUGGAUACACUGUUCAAGAAGCUAGACAUAUCCUACAAAUAGCAGGCGAUUGUGGCUUGGCAGUUGUCCCAUUGGUACAAACAUUCGGUCAUAUGGAGUUUAUUUUGAAACAUGAUGAAUGGAGAUCACUACGUGAAGUGGAACUUUUUCCAAGUUCUAUUUGUCCGUCAAAUCCGAGAACUCUUCCAGUGGUGAAAUCGCUGAUACGUCAGAUUGUUAGCUUUCAUCCUGAUAUACAGUAUCUACAUAUAGGCUCCGAUGAAGUGUGGCACUUAGGUCUUUGCUCAGUCUGUACUAAACGAGCUGCAACUAGUAAAUACGGCAAAUCAUCAUUAUACCUAGAACACAUCCUAGCAAUAGCACAAUACAUUCAGGAAACCUAUCCAUACUUGAAGAUCAUUAUCUGGGAUGACAUGUUGAGAUCAAUAGAUUUACAGAUUUUGAAUGAACAUUAUAUCGGCAAAUAUAUGGAGCCCAUGGUGUGGCACUACAAUCCCAGAGAUAAUUUUGCAUUACCUGAUGGAUUGUGGGAUAAGUACAGCGCGGUUUUUCCUAAUAUCUGGGCAGCAACUGCGUUCAAAGGAGCUACCGGUUCAACGCAGCAUGUACCCAUAAUUCGACAUCAUAUAAGUAAUCAUGAAAAGUGGUUGGAAGAACUGGGAGCUCAUGUGAGUAAGGUGCACGAAUUUCGUGGUACAGCGUUCACCGGUUGGUCAAGGAACAUUAAAAGGUAUGAUCAUUAUGCCACAAUGUGUGAAUUGUUACCCACGGCAAUACCGUCAUUAGCUCUGUGUCUGAAAGUUUGGCUUUAUGGUUAUUCAGAACAAACGCAUAUGCAGGUUGCAAAGAGCUUGGGAUAUAUUGAUCAUCCGUUACACAUAACUCCACAGCCCAGGCCAGUUCCGAUUCCUAGUAAUUUGCUCUUUCCUGGUUGGCAAAUAGCUGUAGGCAUGGAAUGGUUUCUUAACUUCAAGACGAAAUUUCACAAUAUCGUCACAAGCGAUCAGAUUAUGACAUGGAUGAAUCCGUGGCAAGUGGCAAACAAUUAUACAAAUCCCAUGCAAUUGGAAAACUUAGUACCUGUUUUUACUGAAUUGUUGUUGGAAUUAUCUUCUUUGGAAGGUUAUCUACGAGUUCAAAUGGAAACGACUUUUUUCUCCUCAACCAUUGAAGAAUGGAUUGGUACUAAUAUUCAACCAAUGAAAGUAAAGUUAAUGGAGCUAAAGCAGACUACGGAAAAUCAGUUAAAGAUAAAUAAUCGUACAUAAAGCUUUUUUGCUUGAAAAAUCGGCGAUUGAUUCCGAACGUAUAAUUAACCAAUAUCAUAAAAAGCAAUCGUGCGAUCUAUUUUUUAUAGCUGCUAAAUUGGUGCAAUAAGUUAAAGUAAAGUAAGUAUAUUUCUUUCUUAUUCUAAUGUACCAGUGCAACUAUAAAGAACAGAUUAACGAUUUAUAAUGAUUAAAUGGUUAACUAUUUCUCGAAUGUAAGUUGAAAUUUAUUUUUGUACAUAGUAGUCGUUAUGUAUGAAAUAUCAAAUAUAUCUAUUUUGAUUAUUAACUUACUUUAUAAAAAGAGAAAUACUACCAAAAAAAUAAAUAAAACAUAUAGUUUUUAAGGAAGAAAUUAUUUUAAUACUGUGUAUAAGAAGUGAGAAAACUUUUUGUCGAUAUAUGAGAUGUUCUGUGAUAUCUUGGCUAUGAAAGGGUAAUUGCGGUUAAAUCACAAAUGGUAUUUAAUAAUUAAGGGACAACCAACAUUCAAUCUUUUAUUUUUAUUUCAAAUAUAAUUUUAAAUUUCAUAAGCAGAGAUUUAUAUCUUUUCUAGUUUAGAUCGUUGAGAUUAUGACAUUAAUAGAUUUGAAAUAAAAAAAAGAUACAUGUAAGAGAUAAUAUGUUUGUACCAAGAUAUAUAUGCAUAUUGUUUGUCGCUCUUUUUUAUGUAAAUAAGCACCCACUAUGUAAUUUAUGUCCACUUGUGUUAGAAAAUAUCAAUAACAUUAUAUAUAUAUACCGCAUAAAUGUCUCAUAUCUCAUCACAGUAAUUAACGAAGACAAAUAUUUAUUAUAACUAUAUUAGUUUUAAUAUGUACUACAAUAUUUUCUAUAAAAUAUCUACUUUUUAUGAUAGUAGUCAGUUGAUCAAUAAACAAUUGUUUAUUAUACAUAUAUAUAAGAGUUUUAAAUAUGUAAAAAAUAUAGAAUAAACGUAAUACGUAUAAUAUUAAAUAAUUAGAAAGGAGAUUAAAAUAAAUUAAAUUAUAUAGCAUGUAUUUUCUUGUAUGUUAAUCUUUUAGAAAGUAGGAUUGAAUAUAAAUUAAUUUUAUUUCAACUAAAUUAUGUUAAAGUUAAUGGUAUAUAUAUAUCAAAAGGUAGUGCCUCGCACUAAGUGUACGCGCGCGAGGCACUGCCGUGCCUCUAUUACGCGUUUGCGAGACGCCGUUUGCGAGAAUCUGUAGUUUUUGGAUUCUCAAUAAAAUGACUGAAUCGAUGGAUUUCGCGACUUACGAGCAGAGAUAUUGCGAUUAAAGUUUUUUGCUGAAGAGUAAAUUUGAUUAAGAAGCAUCGUAGUCCGCUAGGACAAAUGAUGGGGAUUGGUAUUGCUGCUUUCCGCACCGUCAGAGGGCUGUACGAGUUGACACGAGUUGAUACUGUCUUGAUUGGCGCUGAGCAUCUGAAUUGGCAUCGCUGAUUGGCGGUUGAGUCCGCCAUCCGUGUGUCUUAGGAUGUGUUCCGUUUCACGUAUAAUGCACAUAAAACAUUUAUCUUUGUUUAAGGGCGUUGCCGUGAAAUAUCAGAAUAUUGUCAAUUUCUCUAGACUUCGUGUAUGCAUUAAUAAAGCUUACAUACAUUACGUCUCCAAAUUUGAGAUAGGCAAUCCAUAUUUGUUUUCGAGAUAUUUAUUGUGGAAGUUGCGCUUUUUAACAUGGGCUCUUAUGGGAGAGAUCACCGCGAAAAUUACAUUUUCGCUUAUCAAGAGACGCGGUAGUGGCUCGCACUAAGUGAGAGCGCAGCGAGACCGACCGUGUUCUUUUACGCGAGUACGCGACUUGCGAGCACUCGAGAUUAUCGGAUCUCAGAAAUGGCUAAAUCGAUCGAGUUCUAACUAGGCUUAAUCGAAAGCUUGGGGUCGAUUUACAUUAGAAAACUUUUUAUUUUUUCUCUACAUGUCCUAUGAGUGAAGGUAUCGCGACGCAAAGUCCGAAAUGUCAAAAUUUCAUUUUUAGUAUCUACACCAAAAUUGUCAUUGUUUUCAAAAACUAAUAUGUUAUUGAUGAUAUACAAUUAUAUCGAAUAGCGAGCAGUAAACUACAUAGAGCAAUCCAUAUUUGUUGUUGAAAUAUUUUAAUUGAAAGUAUGUUAUCAUGAGAUUCCUGACACGAGCCCUAUAUUCUUGGCUUUUACGUGGCCUCUUAAGUCUAUGAUCUGCUAGAUGGCGCUGGCAACAUUCAUGUGUGGGUUAUCGGCGCCGCCUUCUCACAGGUGGUGAUUCCGGCGGUUCCCACUUGCCCGUUCGUCGACGAGGAAGUAGAGAAUGAGACCAAAGGAUUGCAACGUAAUAAACUUUUAUUCUCUCUCGAGUACAACGUAGGGAGAUGCUCUCGCUUAGCGUGUCUAACCAACAACUGAACUAUGGCGCCGAAUCUUCCCGCGCAGGGCAGCCACACGUACAUCCACUAGUUCCUUUUUUCCUACUCUAGUGAUUCUCUCUUGUGGCCAAUCCCCACACAUGCAUACUUAUAUUUGAGUAAUAUUCAGAUCGUUCUGGUGUAGGUUAAAUCGUGUGAAUAUUCGGAGAAGUUCGGAAAUAUUGAGAUUUAAUGUCAUAUAGUUAAAAUUUUAAGCAAUAUGCCUCAUUGUAUAGCUCUGGGAUGUACCAGUGGGUACCCUUCGAAUAAUGAAAAAGUGCAUUUCUUUUAUGUGCCGAAAAAUAAAAAUUCGAUUAAGUUAUGACAAACAGCUUUGAAAAAAAAGUUAUUGUGUGAGCAUAUCAACCUAUAUGUGAGAAACAUUUCUUAGCAGAAGAAAUUAUUUGACGUCAGACAAUUCUUGACAAAGAUGGAAAUAUUAUUAGUGAGAUAAGUAAUAUUAUUUGGUUUUCAUUUGCACUCAAGUGCAAAUGAAUCACUCAGUUAUGUGAGUAUUUUAUGGUCAGAUAAGACGUCAAUUGUUCAUUGAAUGAAAAUCGUAAAAUGUAAAAAGUAAAUAAAAAAA